AGAGAUCUACACGGAAAUUCGGACAGAAAGGUUAACGCAGCCUGUUUGUUUUCCUCUUUAGGGUUGCUACAUUGACCCCACUCCUGCCUCCUCCCGCUGUCAGACCCGUCCUGAGCCGGUGAGUGUUAGUGUGACCCGGACUGCGGCAGUCCCGCUCUACCCCGGCUCACCCGGCCCUGUCCAUCUGUAAUGAGCGACGGACACAUCACAGCCGAGUGGCCUCGGGAGCAGCAGCUCAGACUCAGCUCUCCGUACAGAGUGAGAACACCGGUGCAGGACCAGUGUCGAUCGCCCGGCAAGUCAGACUGUGAUUUCCCGGGACCACACUGAACGCCGUCCUGCUACAACAUCAGAGGUUAAACACUCUGGUCCAGAUCCACUGCCGCUCACCCGGGAGGUCAGAGUGAGGUUACCCGGGACCGCACCGAACGCCAUCCGGUUACAGCAUCAGAGGUUACACACGACAAGGAAUUUGGCUACGGGAAUCUCGAACACAACAGGCCAGACUCGCUGUGUCUGCCCAGAUAUUUAAAAAGUGCAGCGGGCUAUUCGUGCAAUCAUCCUUCAAUCGUGCAAUCAUCCAUUCGUGUAAUAUUUCCCGAUCCUACCUGUUUCGACCGGGAAGGGACUCGCUCGGUCAUCUGACCUACUGGCAUACCCGUCAUUUUACACCGGGGAGCGGCCGAUCAUCUGCUCAGACUGUGGGAAGGGAUUCACUCGGUCAUCCCACUUACAGACACACCAGUCAGCAUACACUAAGGAGAGGCCAGUCACCUGCUGAAUUUGUGGGGAAGGUCAUCUGACAUAAUGGCAGAUCAGCGAGUUCACACUGGGGAGGGGCCAUUCACCUGCUCAGACUGUGGGAAGGGAUUCAGUAAAUCAUCUCACCUACUGAAACACCAAUCAGUUCACACUGGGGAGAAGCCGUUCACCUGCUCAGACUGUGGGAAGGGAUACACUCGGUCCUUUCAGCUGAAGGCACAUCGGAGACUUCACACUGGGGAGAGACCAUACAUCUGUUUUUUGUGUGGGAAGGGGUUCACUCAGUUAUCUAACCUAAAAGCACACGAGUCAGUUCACAUUGGGGAGCGGCCCUUCAUCUGCUCAUACUGUGGGAAGCGAUUCAGUCGAUCAUCUCAUCUGAAGGUACAUCAGAGUGUUCACACUGGGGAGAGGCCGUUCACCUGCUCAGACUGUGGGAAGGGAUUUACUCAUUCAUCCUACCUGCGGAGACACCUGGUAGUUCACUCUGGGGAGAGGCGAUUCUCCUGCUCCGACUGUGGGAAGGGAUUCAAUCGAUCAUACGACCUACAGAAGCACCAACAACUUCACACUGGGGAGAGGCCGUUCACCUGCUCAGUCUGUGAGAAGGGAUUCACGCGGCCAUUCGACCUACAAAGACACCAGCGAGUUCACACUGGGGAGAGGCCGUUCACCUGCUCAGUCUGCGGGAAAGGAUUCACUUUCUCAUCUCACCUACAGACACACCAGUCAGUUCACUCCGGGGAAAGGCCAUUCAGCUGCUCAGACUGUGGGAAGACAUUCACUCAGUCAUCUAACCUACAGAGACACCAGCGAGUUCACAGUGGGGAGCGGCCGUUCACCUGCUCAGUCUGUGGGAAGGGAUUCGCGCGGUCAUCUAAUCUACUCAGACACCAGCGAGUUCACACUGGGUAGAGGCCGAUCAUCUGCUCAGACAUUCGGGAGAGAUUCUCUCAGCCAUCUCCACCAAAUGUGCCUCAUUGAGUUUACACUGGGGAGAAGCUGUUCACCCGUUGUGAAAGUGGGAAGGGAUUCACUCAGUAAUCUAACCUUGUGACAACUGGCGUUUAAUAUUCUGGAUCUGAGACGAAUAAAUCAGUUCUAUUUUAAACUCUGUCUCCGGUACUUAGUUAAUUUAUAACACGCGUAGUGCAGAGUAGAGAGUCUAUUCAGGCUAGCUGGACCCUGCCAGUGAUUCUGUUCCAGGGCAGUCCUUUAAAUCCUCCCCUGUUGUUCCCCUUUCGCUCUCCCUGUGGGAUGGGUUCCAGUCACCAGUCUAUCGGUUAAGAGGUUCCCCUUGAAUUCCCAGCAGACUGAAGAAGACGAGCUGACUGCAGUUCUGUCUGACAUGUUCUCCGCCCCUCUCAUCUCUGGACUGAGGAAGAAUGACCUCCUUAUUCACGACUCAUUUCCACAUUAUGUGUCAUUUUUCCUGCUUCUAAAGGUUGUUGAAAACACCCCUGUCCUUUAAAGACUGAAAGCAGAAUGGGGAAACAUCUGUUGGAUGUUCAACGAAGCAGGGUCAGAAACCCGAUGGGGAUCUGCACAGGGCAGAGUUUGGGGCUCUGGAUUAUGAACGUAUGAUGGUGAGAAGGGAAGCAGCAGCGGGGCGUGGCAACGAAUGACAGAGUAGCAACUUUUGGAAGCUGAUUGACAGAGAAAAUCUUUUGUUUGUCUGACUGACGAGACAAACAAUAACUGUGGUGCGGUGCUCCACUGGUCGUGGAACAUGUGUGU